UGCAACUUUUCCUACCCAUUUUUCGCCGGCUAAUUUUUCUCUCUCAAUCCGUUGUGUGGUGGUUUCGGUGAACCUGUAGGAACAGUUAUGAUUUCGAGAGAGGUAGUUCAGUUUACCGCUGCCACGGCGUUUGGUGCGGUGGCCUCCGCCGUGGCAGUCAGCUUGUUCUUCAGCUUCAGAUGCCCCAAACCCCGCCGCCCGCAAAACGGCGCCGCGCAGCAGAAAUCGUCGCGCCAGAGCCCCUUUGAUCCUUCAAAAAGGAAAGGGUACCUAUCUUGGGACGAUUAUUUUAUGGCAAUUGCAUUUCUAUCAGCUGAGAGGUCAAAGGAUCCAAAUCGACAGGUUGGUGCUUGCCUGGUGAGUGAAAAUGGAAUAAUACUCGGCAUCGGCUACAAUGGAUUUCCACGUGGUUGCUCUGAUGACAAACUUCCCUGGUCUAAGAAAUCCAAGAAUGGAAAUCCUCUGGAAACAAAGUACCCUUAUGUAUGCCAUGCGGAAGUCAAUGCUAUUUUGAACACGAAUCACGCGUCUGCUGCAGGGCAAAAGCUUUAUGUCACAAUGUUUCCUUGCAACGAAUGUGCGAAGAUAAUUAUUCAGUCGGGCGUUUCGGAGGUUAUCUACUAUGUGGAGAAGAGAUUAGAUAAUACGGAUGCUGCUUAUGUUGCUUCUCAUAAACUUCUAUCCAUGGCAGGUGUAAAAGUAAGGAGACAUCAGCCCGAGAUGGAUCAAAUAUCGAUAAAGUUUAACGAGUUUUAAGAUGCUUGCCACCCUGCAAUUAUGAAGGAACUCAUAGAAGAAGGGUGAAAUGGCUUAUAAAUGUCAUGAAUUCCAGUUAAUUUUAACGAGAUUGAAGUACUUGAUUGAUUUAAAAGUGACAUGAAUUCCAGUUAAUUUUUUUGAUGAGUUUUCUGGUGUAUCUCUUGAGUAUGUUUUUGGUGGUUUUCGGAAGCUGAUUUGAAAAUAAAUUACUUGAUAUCUAUAUAGGAAUAGUGACUUGAUGUAAAAUUUUUCCUAUAUUGUGAUUUAUUUGUACCUUUAAUCCUAAUGUGUUCUGUUUCUUUUGUUUUCAAG